CUACUUUUUCUGUCAAAUUUGUUGUCUAACAUGAUGUUUUGGUGCUUAAUUUGUAAAAUCAUAACCUAAUUUGAUGUUUAAUAGGCUUUUCCUUGAUCCCUCCUUAUUAUCCAACAUAUUCGCUUAUCCAACAUUCUGCCGGCCCAUUUAUGUUGGAUAGGUGAGACUCUACUGUAUUUACACUUUACUUGCCUCACUUCCAGCAGACGUCUGAAGAUGCCAUUAGCCACAGAGACAGGUGAAACGUCAGGAAAGAAUGCUGCUGCCACAUGACCAUACUGUCCAUGCAACCCAAUGAUUCUAGCCUUCAAUAAUACAUUCCUAUGCACUGCCACACACCCUUCUCUGCAUUGUGCCUGUUGCCAAAAGCCAUACUAAACAAACUCCACUGAGCAUUAAAUGAAAUUGGUACUCAUUAGCUCAAAAGGCGUUUCUUUUCCCCCUCUUCCACAUCAUAACAACACAGCAGAGAGUGAAUUAAUGAUGUCAAAAUCCGGCUUGGCUCAAUUUCCUGUUGUGACUUCCCAUUUGUCUUUUCUGGGGUGGACCCGGAUGGCAAGCCGACGAUGGAAAGGCCUUCAACGGAACUGUUGGAUAAUAUAGCUGGCUGGUUUUAUGAGUCGCAUCACGAGAUGCAAUAAUCGAGCGGUCUGCCUUUAAGGGGCUCCAGGACUUGGGGGCUUCAGAGCUGCACCAGCGGCCUCUCCAAUGACUCUCAAUGGCUCGCUCUGGGGUCUCUUUCUCAUUCUGGCAAAUCCGUUUGCAAACAGAGCUACAGGCAUGGAAGAAGCGGUGGUGGUCCAGCCACAGAAUUUUAUCUCAGUCCAAGUUGGAGGAUCUCUCAAGCUGGAAUGUCGGGUGGCCGAUCAAACUCCACCAGGACCUGUGAAGUGGUUUUUAGGAAAUGAUCCGCAUCGGAAACUUAUCUAUCAAGACAAGCUUCGUGACCAAUUUAAGAGAGUUACACGUGACAAAGAAAGCUCUGGCACAGAUUUCACUAUCACCCUCCAUAACGCCACUCUUGAAGAUACUGGGAUCUAUUACUGUGUGAAGCAGAUGAAAAAAGCUCAUGGAGAUGACACAGACUGGGAAAGUGGGCGAGGAACUCAGGUGGUUGUGACAGCUUCCAAGAAUGACCGCUAUAUCAUCCCAGCAGUUGUUUGCGUACUCCUCGCUGUCUUGCUUACUGUGGUCAUUUACUUUUACAUAAGGAAAAAAAGAGGUUGGAACAGUGGCACCUCAAGGUCUGAAACUUCCCUUUCAGAGAGUACAAAAACUCCUAAUCAGCAGUCUGGCGAUAAAGAGAUUGUCUACACUGACCUAAAAUAUCCAGAGAGAUUACCAAGAGCCAAGACAAGCGGCCUACAAGCAAGUUCUGAAUACGCCGCCAUAAAGAUUAGACCGACUAUUUCUGGGUCCAUCAAUGGAGAGAGAAAGGAUGCUUCUCUGUCUUGACAAAAGACACGCUGGAACGAAACUAUGCCAGUGCAUGAAGCCAGGAAAGAAAGGAGGUUGCACAUUCAAGAAGAUUCUGUCCUUCAUGUCUACACUAAACUGUCCUUUCUUUUUGCCCCACCAGCGGGGAAACUCAGAAAGCUGUUGAACGUGCUGCAAAUGCAAACUCUACAACAUUUCACAGGACUUUAUUGCCCUAAUAUGCUGUUCCACAGAAGUUAAUAGUGGAUACAUAUUGGGAUGAACACCUUUGAUAUUGCAUCUCUCGCUAUUUACGCAAUCCGCCGUGCCAUUGUCCCACUGUCCUAUUGCCACAUGGCCUCAUAACCUCACCUUCUCACAUUUCUGCUUCUCCUUAUCACCAUUAUUUACACAGUUAUAGCAGUGAUCAAUUAAAAAGAACUACAACAUGAA